CGGAUAACCCCCCCGCGGCCCCACGGACUGCGGACCAUGGCGGAGAUGGAAGCGAGCCUGUUGCGCCAGUGCCCGCUGCUUCUGCCUCAGAACCGGGCGAAAACCGUGUACGAAGGAUUCAUUUCGGCUCAGGGACGUGAUUUUCACCUUAGAAUAGUGUUGCCUGAAGAUUUACAAAUGAAGAAUGCAAGAUUAUUAUGUAGUUGGCAACUGAGAGCAAUACUUAAUGGAUACCAUCACAUAGUACAACAGAGAAUGCAGCACUCUCCUGAUCUAAUGAGCUUUAUGAUGGAGUUGAAGAUGAUUUUGGAAGUUGCUUUAAAGAAUAAACAAGAGUUGUACGCACCACCUCUGCCUCCCCAGUUCUACUCCAGCCUUAUUGAAGAGAUAGGAACUCUUGGUUGGGAUAAACUUGUAUAUGUGGAUACUUGUCUCAGUACCAUCAAGUUAAAAGCUGAAGAUGCUUCUGGUAGAAAGCAUCUAAUAACUCUCAAGUUGAAGGCAAAGUACCCAGCAGAAUCUCCAGAUUGUUUCGUGGAUUUUCCUGUUUCAUUUUCUAUUUCCUGGACACCACAGAGCUCCUUAAUAAGCAUUUACGGUCAGUUUUUGGCAGCCUUAGAAUCACUGAAGGCAUUCUGGGAUGUUAUGGAUGAAAUCGAUGAGAAGACUUGGGUGCUUGAACCAGAAAAACCUACCCGGAGUGCGACAGCACGCAGAAUUGCACUAGGAAAUAAUGCUUCAAUAAAUAUAGAGGUUGACCCCAGGCAUCCUAGUAUGCUUCCGGAGUACUGCUUUCUUGGAGCAGACCAUGUGGUAAAACCUCUGGGAAUUAAGCUGAGCAGAAACAUACAUUUGUGGGAUCCAGAAAAUAGUCUGUUACAAAACUUGAAAGAUGUUUUAGAAAUAGAUUUCCCAGCUCGUGCUAACCUGGAAAAAUCUGAUUUUUCUAUGGAUUGUGGGAUUUGUUAUGCCUAUCAGCUUGAUGGCGCCAUUCCUAAUCAAGUGUGUGAUAACUCCCAGUGUGGACAGCCUUUCCAUCAAAUAUGCUUAUAUGAGUGGUUGAGAGGACUACCGACUAGUAGACAGAGUUUUAACAUCAUAUUUGGUGAAUGCCCAUAUUGUAGCAAGCCAAUUACCUUGAAAAUGUCUGGAAGGAAAUCCUGAAAUAAGAAUGUAACAUUUCUAUGAAGAACUGGCAACUUUAAAAAUUAUCAAAAGGAUUUUAUUUGAUAUCAUCAUAGAAAAUACAAAGCAAGACAUACUAAAGUCAAAAGAAAAAGAAUGAUGAAGCCAUAGUAAUACAUGUCUGCCUUCAUCUCUUCACUAAGAGUAAAGUCUGUUAUCUCCAUACCAGUUGUAGAAGUACAUAUAUACCAAGAUGAAGAUCUCAAAUUAUUGACUAUGUCUGGACUGGCAGAAUCUUGAUAGGAUUCAUAAAAUGAAUUGGGGAAUUGUAUGCUGCUG